UACAGCAGUUGAUGCCCCAUCCGGUUCCCUCUUGGUUGCUCUCGGGGAAGCCGACGCGACGUCCUCCAUGGUGUCAUUGCUGAGGUUGUUGAACAACAUCGGAUAAAUAAACAAUUAUGUCUGGCUACACUCCGGACGAGAAGCUCCGCGUUGAGCAGCUCACCAAGCUCCGAAGGCAGUGGCUGAAGGACCAGGAACUCAGCCCGAGGGAGCCUGUCGUACAGGCCAAACCUCCCGGUUCCGUCGCCAAGUUCUGGGCAGGUUUUCUGGAGCCCAAGAGCCUGUGGAGGCUAUACACAUACAAAGCCUACAAAGGGAGCGUUUUCACAUUAACACGCUUGUUGAUACCUGCUUGGGUUGUCCACUACUACGUGAAAUACCAUGUUGCUAAAAGGCCAUACGGCAUUGUAGAAUUGAAGCCCAAGCUUUUCCCAGGUGACACUAUUCUGGAGACAGGCCAAGUUGUUCCCGAACUCCCUGACAGCCACGGUCAUCAUUGAAUGAAAAAAAAGUCUGUUUGUAAAAACUGUUAAUAAGCCAAUUAAAAUAUUAUAAAUCA